AUGCCAAAAUCAAAGAGGUCGAAGGUCGUUUCGCUCACUAAAACCGACAAGAAGACGAAAGAGAACAAGGCGAAGCUCAUCGAAGAUAUAAAAGAAAAUGUAUCGAAGUGGAAAUAUGUUUACGUCUUUGACGUGUCCGAUAUGCGAAACGGGGCGCUUAAGGACGUGAGGAAGGCCUGGAAGGGGACGGGGCGGCUGUUUUUUGGUCGGAAUAAAGUGAUGGCCAAGGCGCUCGGCACGUCUGAGGAAGAGGAGCUGAAGCCCCAGUUACGAAAGCUUGCCAACCGGCUAGAAGGGCCUGUAGGCUUAUUCUUCACCGACUGGGAGAAAGAGGAGACCAAAGCCUGGUUUGACGACUUCCGACAGAAGGACUUUGCGCGUGCGGGGAACAUUGCCAGUCAGACGGUAACCCUGCCUGCCGGCCCGAUAGUACAGUACAACGACCCGGAUUCUCCCUUUCCGCACAGUAUGGAGCCCCAACUGCGCAAACUUGGCUUAUCAACCAAGCUCGUGCGGGGUAUCCCUUCUGUCGAAACACCACAUGUCGUGUGCACCGUCGGCAAAAAACUGAGUUCGGAGCAGGCGCAGCUACUGAAACUGUUAGGGGUGCAGAUGGCAGAGUUUAGGGUCAGGCUGAGGGCGAUGUGGACUGAAGAUGGUGGAGUGGAGGAAUUCGUGAUCGAGGAUGACGAGCCGGUCGCUGCUAGAGGUGAUGACGAUGAGGCGAUGGGCGAGGGUGAGGAUGAUGAGGAUGAUGAAUAGGCUAUGUCAUGUCUUGUCGUUUUGCCACUCCCGGCGGGCCUGUACUGUAUAUCCAUCCCUAUUUCCUCCCUCCGUUCGCUCCGUAUGUCGUGUCACAAUGCUUUGGUAUGCUGACCGUUCGACUGCCCAUUCAACUGAACAUUUGACUGACCAUUUGACUGGCAGUUUGACCUGUUCGUUUUGUUGUUUGACCCGUUUGUUUUGCCGUUUGACCCGUCUGACUUGCCGUUUGACCCGUUUGACUUGCCGUUUGACCCAUUUGACUGACCGUUUGACUGAGCAUUUGUUAGGCCAUUUGUCUGACCGUUGGUGAUGAUCAUCGUAGACUUUGCCGCUUUCAUGACCGGCACGGAUGUGAUUGCCGGUGGAUUCGACUGUGCACGAACAAUCUGCACUGCCUUCCUAACGAUUUCGCGAUCGUGGUCCCACCUGAGCUGCACGAUUGCCUCGUCAUAGCCAAAGAAGCCGACCUCGUAAUGCUCGUGUUCCUCGAGCGGUUGAGGGGUACAUCCGUCUUUCAUCUUGCCAAUAAACCAGAAGAUCAUCUUCUGGUGCCCAUGCCUUGUCUGCCGCAUCUGCACCGCAAUGGGUUCUGUACAGCUUGUGUUCCGAACAACAUCUCGCACGCGACCAAGAACCGCUGAGUCGGUCGCGCGGGUGCCGAGUACGCAGGGCAAGAGCUCGCACUCGCACCCAGUCUCCUCGAACGCCUCCCGCACGGCAGCCGCCUCGAGCGUCUCCCCUACGUUCUUCCGUCCUUUGGGCAGUAGCCAUGAGCCAGACUGCGUCGCGCUGAGAGAUUUGACAAGCACGAUUUGAGAAGUGGAAGGGAUGAAGACUACGCAGCCGCAUGAGAUGACAAAGUCUUCCGCGAGAAAAAGCUGCGUUUCUUCCGGCAUCGUCUCGUUUCCUUUGCUUGAAAACUUUGCUAAAGGGCCAAGACGUGGUAGUUAUAGAUGAAGGAAAGGAGAAAAGGGGCAAAGGGGGGUCGUGUGCGAUUGUUAACUGUUGAUGAGCGGUGCCCGGGGAUGGCCC